GUCGCGGCGGACGGCACUGCAGAAGCAGGCGAGUUCGCGAGUGUAUCGAUUUUACGAUCGUGCCUCUCGCGGUACUAGUGCGUCCGUUUCCUUUAGUUUUUUAGUGGCCGUGCACGUCGUACAUGGAUAAAACCGUGAAUGGGAUUACCCGCUAGACUCGCCGCUCCGUACACCACCCGCUGACUCACAACUCCUCGUCAUCCUUCACCAUGACCAAGGAUAGAUUAGCAGCCCUCGUCGCGGCCCAGUCGGACGACGACGAUGUCGCGGACGACGUGUCCGUCAACGUCGGGGCGCCGGAUGAUUUCAUGACGGAAUUCUUCGCGGAGGUGGAGGAGAUCCGCGAGAUGAUAGAUAGGAUCCAGACGAAUGUGGAAGAUGUGAAGAAAAAGCACAGCGCCAUUCUCUCCGCGCCGCAGACCGACGAGAAGGUGAAAAUGGAACUCGAAGACUUGAUGUCCGACAUCAAGAAAACUGCUAACAAAGUGAGAGCCAAGUUAAAGGUGAUAGAGCAGAACAUCGAGCAGGAGGAACAUACGAACAAAUCGUCGGCGGACCUGAGGAUACGCAAAACCCAGCAUUCGACGUUGUCCAGGAAGUUCGUCGAGGUGAUGACGGAGUAUAAUCGGACACAGACCGAUUACAGGGAACGGUGUAAGGGGAGAAUACAACGACAGCUCGAGAUCACGGGGAGAACGACCACUAAUGAGGAGCUGGAGGAAAUGUUAGAGCAAGGAAAUCCAGCCGUCUUCACGCAAGGGAUCAUUAUGGAGACGCAGCAAGCAAAACAAACCCUCGCGGACAUCGAAGCGCGUCACGCUGACAUCAUUAAACUCGAAAACUCGAUCAGGGAGCUCCACGACAUGUUCAUGGACAUGGCUAUGCUGGUCGAGAGUCAGGGUGAAAUGGUGGACUGCAUUGAGUACUGCGUCAAUCAGACCAGCGACCACGUGGGCCAGGCACGGGGCGAGCUGAUCAAAGCCGAAGAGUAUCAGACCAAGUCUCGUAAGAAAAUGAUCUUCAUCACAAUCUGCGUCCUAAUAUCGGUGGUUAUACUAAUCUCCAUAAUAGUAGCGUUCCUUCCGAGAUCGUAACCGGCCAACGGGGAUUGUUGCAACGGAAGGGGCGGGAGAGGGAGGGGGCGAAAGAGGGGCGCUUGAAAAUGUCAGUGGAGAAAAGAGACAGAGGGAGAACGGGAGAUCGAGUGCAACGGCUGCGAGAGAAAUGUCAUAAUAAUAAUAAUAAUAAUAAUAAUAAUAAUAAUAAUAAUAAUAAUGAAUAACAAUAAUAAUAUCAGCAGCUACAAGAGAGCAACAAUAACGAUAAUAAUAACAAUAAAACAAUAAUGACGCAGAAACUUGUAGCUCGUGAUUAGGCCGGGGGAAAGGACAGGUGUGGGAUAAAAAAUGUGCAGUGUGAUCGGAAGUACCGUUUGUGGGUGAUGCACGUGAAAUUGUGGUGGUGGCAGUCGCCUGCGAGAGCUCUCUCGUGUGAUAAGAAUCCUGCUAGAAAGUCGCACGUGUAACUAAACUAAAAGAAAGAAAAGAGAAAAAAAAGGAGAGAAAGAAUGAAUGAAUGAAAUGCUGCAAAUAAUAAAACUCGGCUGUUCCGCGUCGAUCCUAAUAA